GGGCACUAUCACACGUACACUAUAUGAUUUUAAUGGAGAAUAUGGUAACAGUUCUUCAUAUUUAGGUUGAUAUGAUAGGGAGGAGUGUUCCUUAAGGCAGGUCCCCACGCUAUCGAAGCAUUUGAUCACAACUAAAACAAAAUCAUAAUUCCCAGGGGGUCUGGUGGUGAAUCCAAAGCAAGCAGGGUGCCCCACAGCGAAGUUCCCGCCUCAUUAUGUAACUCCUGCUAUCAUAAAUACAGACCUUAACUGGCACUUCCACAGUUUGUCAGGGAAAAGGGCAGAGUCAGAUACACGGACGCAGCAAUCCAUCCUAUUGGCAAUCAGAACAUAAUAGGACUUGCAGGCAUCUCAUAACGACGCGAAAUGGACUUCGAUCUGCCACCCACUUUUCCAGCCAGCGGUAUCGCAUGGGAGAGGGUCCUGCCGCCUCUUCUUCCCGGGCUGAACGGGACAUUCGGGCUGUACUCAUUCACGCCGUCGGAGCUGCUCACCCCAGUGACGGAGCAAACUGGCUCUGCACAGGUGUGUUGUGACCACAGUCGAUUCACAGUUCAGGUUGAUGUGAAACACUUCAACCCAGAGGAGCUGAUGGUCAAGGUGACAGGAGACUUUGUGGAGGUCCAAGGGAAACACAAAGAGAAAAAAGAUGGGUCGGGGCUGGUGACGCGACAGUUUAACCGGCGCUACAGGAUUCCAGAGGGAGUGGACUCCAUGUCUCUGGAGUCGGCUGUGUCGCCUGAAGGCAUCCUCAUCAUAUCGGCCCCUAUGCUGCAGGGGGAGAACUCCAGACACCUGUCCCACUCAGAAUCAUGAGCAUACACACUAUAAGAACAAACACACAAUCCAUAGGAACCAGUGUUGGGGGGGUAGGAGUAAACUACAUGUAGUUCAACUAGUAAUUUAACUACAUUUUGCAGUAGCUUGGUGGCAGUUCAUAUCUGGUAGUUUGCUACACAGCAAAAACAAAAAGUAGUUUACUGGAACUACACACUACUUCCUUUGCAAAUAGAAAACAUGGGUGAAGUAGGCAAUCAUUUCCUUUUUCAGUAUUACCCCUUUCUAAUUCUCAUUUGAAACAGUUGUUUAAUAUGCUAAAUUACACAUUCUGUUAACAUCUUACUCCAGAGUGAUCUGUUCUUGCAAUUUGUAGUCUGACAUUUCAAAUGUAAAAUAGUUUAUCGCAAAGAAAUGUGCAAUUUUUCAAAUUAACUUUAGUUAAAGGAAAUAAAAAAGUACUUAUGGGUAUCUUAACUUCUUCCAGUGUGAAGUAAUUGGUAACUUGGUAAACUGUACACACACCAAAUAAGGAUAGAAGCAAAAAUACAGGCACCCUCUCCUCCAACAGACAUAUCAAAACACUCACCAAGGAGCUGGUGCCUGCCUGU